AUGCCGGUGGACGAAAAUGUUGUUCCUGGACUUUACUCUCUACAUUUGGGGACUGCGGAGGACACCCAGUCUGAGAUGAAUGGUAGUCCUAGUGAAGGAGUUGGGGAAGGUGGGGGUGAUGCUGGUGGGACAUAUGUCGAUCCGAAAUGGCAAUUUACUGACGAUAAUAAUAGCUUUGAGGAUGAUGAUGAGGAUGACAUGGUUCAACAUGGAGAUGUUGCCGGGUUGAGCGUGGCUGAUUUACUAAAAAAGGCUUGGGAUAGUGUUGAUGAUGCCUAUGAAACUUACCGCAAAUAUGGAAGAUGUCAUGGAUUUGGGGUGCGGAAGGGUGAUUCUGGCAAAGAUUGUGAUGGAAAGUUGGUGAGAUAUCGGUUUUUCUGCAAUAGGGAAGGACUGAGAGAGACUAAACACUACAAUAGAAUAGACAGAAGGAGGAUGCACAAACCAGAGACCCGAACUGGCUGCCAAGCAAAGUUGUCGGUGUACUUGGACGAGAAUGAGAAUAACUGGAAGGUAAGGAAAGUAGUGAUGGAGCACAAUCAUGAAUUGGCACCUGUUGGGAUGGUACACUUGUUAGCGAGUCACCGUGAAUUAAAUGAGGCAGCUAAUUAA